AUGGCACAAAUCAGAGGAACGGCAGGAUAUAAUCUGGGAGGCCAGACAAACUUUGGAGCGCCCAACAUGCAGGAACAAAACAAAGACCCAAGUCCUCUAGACACGAUCAAGCAGGCUUCGAGCAAGAUUGAGGACUUUUUGGACACGAUCAGUGAGCCAGUCAAGCCAUAUUUACCGGCGAUCGGACGAUUCCUAAUCGUGGUCACUUUCCUCGAGGAUGCAUUGAGAAUCAUCACACAAUGGAGCGACCAACUGUUAUACCUCCACGACUGGAGAAAAAUUCCAAACGGGUUAACCCACCUAUUCCUCAUAGCGAAUGUGAUUGCCAUGGUUUCCUGCUCGUCGCUCGUCAUCGCACGUAGAUACUCGGAUUACGCAGUCGGUGGAUUGAUUGGUGUGGUGGUCACGCAAGCAUUGGGAUAUGGACUCAUUUUCGAUCUCAACUUCUUCCUCCGAAAUCUGUCGGUUAUGGGUGGUCUAUUGAUGGUCCUGUCCGAUUCGUGGAUUCGUAAAUCCAAGGCAUUCGCAGGACUUCCAGAAUUGGACGAGAAAGAUCGCAAGAUGUACUUCCAGCUUGCUGGUCGUGUUCUGUUGAUCUUCUUGUUCAUUGGAUUCGUCUUCAGUGGCACCUGGAGUCUCUGGAGAAUCAUCGUCGCAAUGCUCGGAUUCGUGGCUUGCGUUAUGGUUGUAAUUGGCUUCAAGGCCAAGUUCAGCGCUAUCAUGCUGGUUGUCAUUUUGAGCAUCUUCAACCUGUUGGUCAACAACUUUUGGACUCUCCACGAACACCACCCCCACAAGGAUUUCGCCAAGUACGAUUUCUUCCAGAUCCUCUCCAUCGUCGGAGGACUUCUCCUCCUCGUAAACAGCGGACCAGGUAAAUACAGCAUCGACGAGAAGAAGAAGGUAUAUUAG